AUGGAGACCACCGACCCCGCGACAGGCCGCCCCCUCCCCUCCGACGCAAUCCAGCGCAUCCUCUUCAUCGCCCAAACCGUCCACGUCUACAACAUCCCGCCCCUCACCAGCACCAAGGGCUACGUCGCCGCGAGCUGGACCGCCGACAACAACAAGCGACAGAUCUUCUCGGCGCGUCUCCGCGUCCUCGAAACCGCCAUCCCCACCCCCUCCGGCGGCGAAACCCUCAAAACAGACAUCCUGCUCGAAGACCCCAAGAACGGACAGCUGUUUGCCGCAGCGCCGUACACGGCCCCCGGUGUGGUAGAGCAGGUGCUGGACUCAAGCAGGUUCUUUGCCGUGAGGGUGCAGGGGGACGGCGGGCGGAAGGCGGUGUUGGGCAUUGGGUUUGAGGAGAGGAGCGAGGCGUUUGACUUUAGUGUUACGCUGCAGGAGGUGAGAAAGACGCUGGGUCUUGAAGAAAGUGCCAAACAUGGUGGAAAGAAGCCAGUGAAGGAGGAGAAGCCGGCGGAGAAGAAGGACUUUAGUCUGAAAGAGGGAGAGACCAUUACGGUUAGUAUUGGGGGGAAAGGGGUGGGGAGGAGAAAUCCGCCAAAAGCAGAGUCGAGUAGUGGAGGAUUGGGAGGUUUCUCGUUGCCACCGCCGCCAGGAGGAGGUUCAACGAGUUCGCUUCUGCCACCUCCGCCCAGCGCGCAGGAGAUGAAAGCGCAGAAUAGACAAAGCCACGAAGUGCCAAAGCCUGGAAAUAUUGAGGAUAUGGGCUUUGAUGAUGGCGAGUUCGGGGAGUUUCAAUAG